AUGGCUACCUCUGCAACUCAUGAGAAAGUGCACCAUGCUGGAGUUCCAGUUUAUCCAAAUGAUAUUGAGCAAAAGAAAUGUAAAGAGCCAAAAGAAAGCGAUUUUGACUACUUCCAGAGAGCCAGUUUGGGAGCCAACGAUGGAUUGGUCUCUAUUGCUUCGGUAGGGGCAGUCAAAAGAGAUAUCAAAGCCAUGCUGCUUGCUGGAUUCGCCGGCUUAGUUGCCGGGGCAUGCAGCAUGGCAAAUUGGAAAUAG